AAAACUGCUGUGCGAACUGCUGCUGGCUGAACCCUGACGCAGGCCUCGGGUCCGAUGUCUGGGAAUAGAUAGCACCGCUGAGGAACCACCGGUCGGAAGAAGACCGUCCUAAAACUCGUGUAGGUAACGAAACAAAGCAAACAAAAAGUUUUCCCUUCCACAUUAGACAGUGCUGCAUUAGAAAGCUUUCUGUGGGAAGGGGAAAGACUUUCGAGACGUCGCCACAUUUCACCCCGCAAGCCUAUCGCACGGCCCCGACAGUGAGCGGGGGUGAACGGACGGUCGGAGCAGCCAAGCGUCACCAAGAUGGGCAAGAAAAAGCCAACCCCCGAGGAGGACCUGAUCAUACCGCCGCAGGACACGCGCAUCUGCGGCAUCAUCUGCGUCUGCCAGCUGACGUUCGUGCUGAGCACGGUCGCGAUCGUCUACCUGACCGUCGCGAUCUACAUGCCGUCGUCGCGCGCGUUCAAGAGCGGCAUCGACGAAACGCCCGUCAUGUGCACGACGACGCGCGCCCUCAACCAGGACGCCUGCGAGUGGGGCUCGUGCGGCGAAUGGUGCCUCAGCAAAACGUCCGGCGCCUGCAUCCAGAUCUACGUGCAUCUGCGCAUGAACGGCAGCAGCCUGCUGUUUACGAACUGUACCAACUCGGCGAACAAAACGUGCUACGGCAUCGAUCAGGAGAAUGCGAAGAAGUCGCGCUGCAUCGCGGACGAGUGCAAGAACCUGACCGGCACGUUCAACUGCAGCGCCGGCAUGUGCAUCAACAUCACCGACGCGUUCGAGUGCGUGUUCAAAAACACCGACCCGCCGCUCAAGUGCUCGGGCCGGCGGGGCAAGAUCACCUGCAUCGACAUCACCGGGCUGUUCUCGUGCAACCGGGGAACAUGUCGAAAGAUAAGAACUCCAUAUAAUUGCGAUCGUCGUUGCGUCGACAUACCGACCCGAAACAAGAACAUGAUCUUAUUAAGUGGAGAUAAAGUUUAUCUUUCGCAAUGUUCGAGCGCGAUCGACAUGGAAACGAAGCAGGAGGUGUGGAACGAGGCGGAGGACAAGGUGAUCAUGUCGUCCUGCUACAACAUCCAGAACACCUCGCUCGGCAUCGAGGCGAUCGAUUGCGUCAACGGGUCGGUGCUGGAGAAAACCGAGCUGACCGAUCUGACCAACUUCACCUACCUGAGCUACCUGCACUACGCCGUCUCGAAGCCGAUCAAGGUGAUUGCGCCGCAGGAGCAGGACCUGACGCUGUCGAACGAGAGCCGGCUGAUGAUCAAUCUCGAGGGCUGCGUCAACACGCUGCAGGACGAGUGCAAGGAGUUCCUGAAGGAGUUCGGCAAGGACGGCACCGACCAUAAUGCGCGGGCCCGCUUCCCGUGCUACUACUCCAAGAGCAAGAUGCAGCAGGUCGUGGCCCGGUUCGAUCUCGAGACGACCUACCGCCAGUUCGUCUUCGGGUUCUUCGUGCCGACCAUCCUGUUUGGCGUCUCCUGCCUGACGCUCAUCUUCUGCCAGCGGACGAUCGUCGUCGGGGACGACGCGAAGAUGCGCUUCGUCGGGUGCGCCAACAAGAACCCGGUGGUGGCGAACGGCGGCGCCAAGAACCAGGACAAGGCCAACUCCGGUGACGGCGGUGGAGGUGGAGACUCCGUUAUGGCUCUCUGAGAUCCAUCACGCAUUCCUCUCCUGCAAGAAGAUAGUCCAGUGCAUCAAUCGGGUGUGUUUUCUCUACACUAAAACCGUUUCCGGCCAGAGUGAUAAUCGGUAUUCUUCAGUCUAUCAGUCUCCCUU